AUUUGUAGUGAAGGACAGAGACACUGCUUACACACCUGCACAAAGGUCACUAAUAGUAAUGCAAAUAUUAUUAAGAGCGAGAUACGAUGAGACUCACGAGAAGGCAGGAAUUCGAAGGCUUUUAGCAGAUGGCACUUAUCUCGAUUGCUUUUCUCUUCACGAAGGCUCUUAUAACAAACCUAGCCUGAAUGGUGAAAUCCUAGACAGGCACUUAUUGUACUUAAUAUGGGCUAGGCCCUCUCAAUGGUAUAAAAGACAGCCCCUGUGGCUGAUUAGGAGGUACUUUGGGGAUAAAGUAGGGCUUUACUUUGCCUGGCUGGGGUUUUACACGAAGUGUUUGUACGCUCCGGCCAUCGUGGGUCUUCUAUGCUUCAUGUAUGGCGUAGGAAGCCUCGAUAGUGAAGAUAACAUUCCCAGUAAAGAAAUAUGCGAUCCUAAUGUAGCAGGUAUUAUUUUUAUUAUAAUAUAUAUAUAA